AUGGAAGGAGAGAGCAAUGAUGAUGACGAAUUCUGGCAAGUUGCCCUUUGUCGUGACGAAGCCGUUGCCAGAGUGGGUCUUGCAGAAUCAGAGUCAGACGAUGAUGUGUCUUCAGCGGCUGCACCUGCCAUUACCUAUAACAUACCCUGGAGGGCCAAUGCAUCGACGACCUUGAAGCUGUCGCCUCUUCCAGAUCAGAAUGGCAUUUGGAGUCCAUUGGGGGCUCAAGCCUGGCAUGCGUCAUCCUUGCUGGUGGCGUAUCUGUUGCAAAACACAAUCCUACGAAAGGAUGUUUCUUCCCAAGGGUCGCUCUUGACAAAGUACUUGGAUUGGUGGUUUCAUAGUGGUGACAAGCAGUACGGUUUUACAGCCCUCGAGCUAGGAAGUGGGGCUGUGGGGUUGGUUGGGAUUGUGUUGGGACUUAUUUUGGGAGACUGCUACCAAGCCACUCGUUCUUUGCAACAGGGCGAUGAAAAUAUAUCAGCAACCAUUCCUCGCGUGAUUCUGACAGACAAUGAACCCAACGUUCUCAGCAAUCUGCAACAAAACGUUGUCAACACACAAGCGAUGCUGCCGAAUAAAACGGGCAGGAAUCUUGCUCUCCUGGAUGUGGAAAACUUGGAUUGGGGAGAUGAAUUCAUACUCCCAUCAUCCUUGCAACAAUCGUCUGGUGGCUUGCAAUUGGUAGUAGGAUCCGAGCUAGUCUACACCCAUGCAACAGCCAAAGCAUGCGCUCAGGUGGUCCUCUCGAUUCUGGACCAUUCUCCCAAUGUUUUGGUAUUCAUCCUUCAAGUGACCGAUCGAGAUGGCUGGAACAACGUGUUUCUUCCCAAGCUUCGAGAGAAAGAGCACUUGCAAGUGAUCAGUGAAGAGGAUGGCAUUCAUGAUUCCGACCUGCAUGAGCUGGCGAUGACUUUAAUACCUCCUGGUGGGACGUUGGAUAGGUUCGCCUAUGGCGGGGUCUUCAUAUUUCGUAGAUCAGGUGUUGUGGCGUCACUAUUGGAACUUCAGGAGAGGAAUGAGCUCGAUUGA